AUGGUAUCUGAAACAUGGAGCGAGAGAAUGGAUGCGACUCACCAGGGGUACCCGGACUCAUCCAGGGGUACCCGGACUCAUCCAGGGGUACCCGGACUCAUCCAGGGGUACUCCCGGACUCAUCCAGGGGUACUCCCGGACUCAUCCAGGGGUACUCCCGGACUCAUCCAGGGGUACUCCCGGACUCAUCCAGGGGUACCCGGACUCAUCCAGGGGUACCCGGACUCAUCCAGGGGUACCCGGACUCAUCCAGGGGUAUCCGACUCAUCCAGGGGUACCCGGACUCAUCCAGGGGUACCAGACUCAUCCAGGGGUACCAGACUCAUCCAGGGGUACCAGACUCAUCCAGGGGUACCAGACUCAUCCAGGGGUACCAGACUCAUCCAGGGGUACCAGACUCAUCCAGGGGUACCAGACUCAUCCAGGGGUACCAGACUCAUCCAGGGGUACCCGACUCAUCCAGGGGUACCCGACUCAUCCAGGGGUACCCGACUCAUCCAGGGGUACCCGACUCAUCCAGGGGUACCCGACUCAUCCAGGGGUACCCGACUCAUCCAGGGGUACCCGACUCAUCCAGGGGUACCCGGACUCAUCCAGGGGUACCCGGACUCAUCCAGGGGUACCCGGACUCAUCCAGGGGUACCCGGACUCAUCCAGGGGUACCCGGACUCAUCCAGGGGUACCCGGACUCAUCCAGGGGUACCCGGACUCAUCCAGGGGUACCCGGACUCAUCCAGGGGUACCCGGACUCAUCCAGGGGUACCCGGACUCAUCCAGGGGUACCCGGACUCAUCCAGGGGUACCCGGACUCAUCCAGGGGUACCCGGACUCAUCCAGGGGUACCCGGACUCAUCCAGGGGUACCCGGACUCAUCCAGGGGUACCCGGACUCAUCCAGGGGUACCCGGACUCAUCCAGGGGUACCCGACUCAUCCAGGGGUACCCGACUCAUCCAGGGGUACCCGACUCAUCCAGGGGUACCCGACUCAUCCAGGGGUACCCGACUCAUCCAGGGGUACCCGACUCAUCCAGGGGUACCCGGACUCAUCCAGGGGUACCAGACUCAUCCAGGGGUACCAGACUCAUCCAGGGGUACCAGACUCAUCCAGGGGUACCAGACUCAUCCAGGGGUACCAGACUCAUCCAGGGGUACCAGACUCAUCCAGGGGUACCCGACUCAUCCAGGGGUACCAGACUCAUCCAGGGGUACCAGCCACAUCCAGGGGGUACCCGACUCAUCCAGGGGUACCAGACUCAUCCAGGGGUACCAGACUCAUCCAGGGGGUACCCGACUCAUCCAGGGGUACCAGACACUCGUCCAAAAUCUUGCAAGAGAUUAUUUUGA